AUGAAGUUCAACGUUGCUGCCGCUGCUGCCAGCGCAGCCAUCCUGGCCGGUGGUGUCUACGCCGACGACCAGAAGGUGCUCAAGGAGGAAAGCUCCAGCACUGCCGCCGAGGCCUCGACCAAGUCGGUCCCCCCUCUGCCAACCUUUACUCCUACCAAGCUCAAGGCCCCAUUCCUCGAGCAGUUCACCGACGACUGGGAGCAAAGGUGGAAGCCUUCCCACGCCAAGAAGGAUACCAAGGGCUCUGAGGAAGAAUGGGCCUACAUCGGCGAGUGGUCCGUCGAGGAGCCCACUGUCUACAAGGGCAUGGAGGGUGACAAGGGUCUUGUUGUCAAGAACGCUGCUGCCCACCACGCCAUCUCGGCGAAAUUCCCCAAGAAGAUCGACCCCAAGGGCAAGACCCUCGUCGUUCAGUAUGAGGUCAAGCUUCAAGACGGCCUCGAAUGCGGCGGUGCUUAUAUGAAGCUCCUCCGGGAUAACAAGGCUCUCCACCAGGAUGAGUUCUCCAACGCGACCCCAUACGUGAUCAUGUUCGGUCCCGACAAGUGCGGCCACACCAACAAGGUGCACUUCAUUUUCAACCACAAGAACCCCAAGACUGGGGAGUACGAGGAGAAGCAUCUCUCUUCCGCGCCCUCGGCCAAGAUUGUCAAGACUACUGAGCUCUACACCCUCACAGUCCACCCCAACAACACCUACUCCAUUGGCAUCAACGGCGAGCAGGUCAAGGAGGGCAGCCUCCUCGAGGACUUUACUCCUUCGGUCAACCCUCCCAAGGAGAUUGACGACCCCAAGGACAAGAAGCCCGAGGACUGGGUUGAUGAGGCCCGUAUUCAGGACCCCGAUGCCAAGAAGCCCGAUGACUGGGAUGAGGAUGCCCCGUACGAGAUUGUCGAUGAGGAUGCCACUCAGCCUGCUGACUGGCUCGUCGAUGAGCCCCUCACCAUCCCCGACCCCGAGGCCCAGAAGCCCGAGGAUUGGGAUGAUGAGGAGGAUGGUGACUGGAUCGCCCCCACUGUCCCCAACCCCAAGUGCGCUGAUGUUUCUGGCUGUGGCCCCUGGACCAAGCCCAUGAUUAAGAACCCCGACUACAAGGGCAAGUGGUCUGCUCCUUACAUUGACAACCCUGCCUACAAGGGCGUCUGGGCUCCCCGCAAGAUCAAGAACCCCGACUACUUCGAGGACAAGAACCCCGCCAACUUUGAGCCCAUUGGUGCCAUCGGCUACGAGAUCUGGACCAUGCAGAAGGAUAUCCUUUUCGACAACAUCUACAUUGGUCACUCCGUUGAGGAUGCCCGCAAGCUCGCCGAGGAGACUUUCUUCAAGAAGCACCCCGUUGAGGAGGCCCUUGAGGAGGCCGAGAGACCCAAGGAGGAGGACAAGCCCGCUUCUCCCAACGACCUCAAGUUCUUGGAUGACCCCAAGACCUACAUCACUGAGAAGCUUGACUUGUUCUUGACCAUCGCCCAGCGCGACCCCAUUGAGGCCAUCAAGUUCGUUCCCGAGAUUGCUGGCGGCAUUGCCGCUGUCCUCCUCACCGUCCUCGGCCUCAUCUUCGGCAUUGUCGGCGUUGCUACCAACCCCGCCCCUGUCAAGAAGGCUGCCGCUGAGGUCAAGGAGAAGGCCAAGGAGGCCAAGGACAAGGUCGCUGAGGCUGCCGCCACUGGCGCCGAGACGGCCAAGGCUGAGGUCACCAAGCGCACCAACACGCGGAAGGCGUAA